UAUGUCUGCCUGGCGACCCCUCAACGUGCCCCUCACGGGCGAAAAGCCUUUUACGGACUACAAGCGCUGGAGGCUUCUUGUGAACGACGGUGGACGCCACACAUGGCACUACCUACGCACAGACGAGGAAGUGGAAAAAUGGCCGCAGAAUGACGUUGACAGGUUCUCUCUUGGUCUGCCAACGGGCCUGCCUGACCUACCUCCACCGAAAGACGCGCUCGACGCGGCUCGCAAUGGGUACAAGUUCUACAAGCACCUCCAGUCGCACGAUGGGCAUUGGGCGGGCGAAUAUGGAGGUCCUAUGUUCCUCAUUCCUGGCCUGGUGAUCGGUUCUUAUGUCACUGGAAUGCCGUUCAAGGAGGAAGAACGCCUGGAACUGAUUCGUUACCUGUUCAAUCGGGCGAAUCCAGAAGAUGGAGGUUGGGGGAGCCAUGUCGAAGGACACUCGACAAUGUUUGGAACAGGACUGAAUUACACCGCUUUGCGUAUCCUCGGAGUCGACAAGGACCACCCUGUUUGCGUCAAGGCAAGGGCGACGAUGCACAAGAUGGGUGGAUGCACCAGCAUUCCGUCGUGGGGCAAAUUCUGGCUAACACUUCUCAACGUCUACGACUGGGAAGGGAGCAACCCAGUCCCUCCUGAACUAUGGCUCCUUCCCGACUGGGUUCCUUUCCACCCUCACAAGUGGUGGAUCCAUACUCGCAAUGUGUACAUCCCAAUGAGCUAUCUGUUUGGCGUCAAAUUCCAGAUGGAAGAAAACGACCUCAUUUUGUCGCUGCGCGAGGAACUGUACCCAGAAGAUUAUUACAGGAUCAAGUGGCCAGCUCAGCGCAACAAUAUCAACAAGCUCGACGAAUACUCGCCGCAUUCCGCUGUCUUCAACACCAUUGGCAGCGUGCUUUCCAUCUACGAAGGCUGCGUCUUCCCGCCUCUCCGACGCGCCGCCAACGCGAAGGCCUACCGUCUCAUUGUCAUGGAGGACGAAAACACGGAAUAUCAAACCCUCGGGCCUGUGUCGAAGAUGUUCAACCUCAUCGCGCGAACAUACGCCGAGGGUCGCGAGAGCAUUGCGUACAAAGAGCACAUGAUCAAGCGGCAGGAUUUCAUGUGGGUCAACGCGGAAGGUAUGAUGAUGACUGGGACGAAUGGGAGCCAGCUUUGGGAUACUGGGUUCAUCUCACAGGCGCUGGUGGAGACAGGGCUGGCAGAGGAGCAGGAGAAUAGGGAGAGUUUGCUCAAGACGCUGGAAUGGCUAGACCAGGCGCAGAUUCGAACGGACCCGAAGCAUUAUAAGGAGGCCUAUAGGCACACCUCCAAGGGUGCUUGGGGCUUCAGUACGACAGAGCAGGGAUACACCGUCAGCGACUGUACAGGCGAAGGCUUGAAGUCCGCGAUGUAUCUCCAAUUCAACCUCGGUUUUACUCCGAAGCUCAUUUCGAAAGAGCGUAUGUGCGAUGCGGUCGACCUUCUACUCACUUUGCAAAAUCCGAAUGGUGGUUUCGCGAGCUAUGAGCUUAUUCGGGGCCCCGCUUGGCUCGAACUACUUAACCCGGCAGAAGUCUUCGGCAACAUCAUGAUUGAAUAUAAUUACCCCGAAUGUACGACAUCUGUGAUUACUUGUCUGGCGAUUUUCCGGAAGCAUUUCCCUGAUUACCGUGCUGAGGAUAUCGGUCGUACAAUCAAAGGAGCUAUCAAGUAUCUCCAUGCUGCGCAAACUCCUGAGGGUGGCUGGGUAGGCUCGUGGGGGAUCUGCUUCACGUAUGCCAUGCAAUUCGCGUUGGAAAGUUUGUCUCUCGUGGGCGAGACAUACGCGACGAGCCCACGUGCGAAGAAAGCUUGUCAAUACCUCUUGAGUCACCAGCGCGAAGACGGAGGCUGGGGCGAGAGUUACAAGUCAUGCGAGCAGAGUCGUUGGAUCGAACACGAAAACACUCAGGUCGUCCAAACCUGCUGGGCUGUCAUGGCGCUCAUAUAUGCCAAGUAUCCAUUCCCUGAACCCAUCGAGCGCGGUGUUCGAUUGGUCAUGUCGCGCCAACGACCGGAUGGGUCAUGGCCUCAGGAAGCUAUUGAAGGCAUAUUUAACAAAACGUGCGCAAUCGCUUAUCCGAACUUCAAGUUUUCGUUCCCCAUCUGGAUGCUGGGCAAGGCACACCAUUAUCUGAAAGACCUCAAGGUGAAAGGUGUGGUUAACGGCAACGGCAACGGCCAUAGAGCGAACGGCAUCCAUUA